UAUCCGCGAUUUAUUAAAUAUUCCUACCGGCGACAGUAAAUUAUCCACCGGUGAAAUGUCACGAAACGGGUUUAUAUUCGGUACCCAGAGGCUGGUAGACGUUGGAGAUCGACUGAGGACGAGCAACGUUAGUCCGUUUGAACAGCUACGCCAGCAGAUGUAUGACAUCUUGGGAGAUGGAGGGAUCCUGAAAGAGGUGGUCCAGGCUGGAGAGGGUCCACCUAUACCCCAAAAUGCUUCAGUAUUGAUGCAUUACUCUGGUUUCCUGGAAUAUUCAGACAAACCUUUUGAAACAACCGCAAACUUUAAAUACCCCCAGAUGAUGAAGUUAGGGAGAGAUGUAACUCUGGCUGGGCUGGAGCUGGGUGUGCUGACCAUGCAGAAAGGAGAGUUCUCUCGUUUCCUUUUCCAGCCCCAGUAUGCAUACGGGGACAUGGGUUGUCCUCCGUUCAUUCCCGCUUCUGCCGUGGUUCUGUAUGAGGUUCAGAUCGUUGAUUUUCUCAACUCAGGACAAGUGGACGACUUUAUCGCGCUGAGUCCGGAGGAGCAGAACACUGCUCCUCUGUCCACGCUUCUGGAAGUUGUCAACACACUACGCAGCUUUGGCAACCGCUGCUUCAACCAGAGCCGCUAUGGCAAUGCCAAAGAUCGCUAUAAACAGGCAAUGAUGCUGCUGGAGAACAGGGAAACACAGUGCGAUGCAGAGAAGGAGAGGAUCAAGAUGGCUCUGCUUCCUCUCUAUCUCAACCUUUCUCUAACUGAGCUCCGUCUGGACAGCCCACACAAAGCCCUGAAAUACGGCAACAAAGCCUUGGAGAUAGACUCGGCCAACACAAAAGCUCUUUUCCGCUGCGGACAGGCGUACCUGGAGCUGCAUGAGUACGCGAGCGCCAAGGAUUGCCUCAUAACUGCUCAAGUGAAGAAGCCCUUUGACAGUGACAUUAACAACCUCCUGAAGAAAGUGGCAAUAUGCUACAAAGACAGCUUGGACAGACAGAAAGACUUUUAUUCAAAGAUGUUUAGAGGCUUGCGGGGCCCAGUGAAGAUGUAAAUAUGAAGACAAAAAGGUGGCUGAGUAAAGAGCAAGCUUCCAAGUUCAACAGCACAUUUUCUGUCCAGCACUGAUAAUUCUGAAGGUUACAUGUUUUGUGUUUUUGUAAAUGAUACAAAGGUAAUAAUGUUGACCAGAUUAUCAGUACAUUAUCAG